AUGCCGAUGAUCCCACCCGCGCUACGGCGGACGCAAGCAGCUGCGACGCCCACUACAUCUUCGCCCGCUGCCUCGUCGUCCACCACCGCCACUCUCGACUCGCAGUCGCUUUGCGCGCUGCCGCGCAUCCGCGUCUCUGCCUCGACACUCAACAGCAUCGUCACGCCCGUCAAGAAGAUCACGUCCGAGACCGAUGUUGAGGCAUGGAAGGCAUCGGCCGCCUACUCGAUCUACACCUUGUUCCUACAGCGCGUCUGCGAGGCUUGCGUCGGCAAACCAACGCGUCUGCCCACUCGCUCCACGGACGCUCCGGUUACACCGGUGGAUAAACUGGUCUCGUUGCUGUGGGAGCUCGAUUCGUGGACACAAGAGAUCGAACCACACGAGAAACCGCAACGUUUCGGUAACCUAGCAUUUCGUGAUUGGGGCGCUCGUUUGGAAGAGCGCAUCGAUUCGCUCUUGAGCGAUCUCCUGCCAUCUCGCCUGCACGCUUUUGCAGUCGAGCUGAGAGUGUAUCUAUUGGAUUCGUUCGGCAGCUUCACGCGCAUCGACUACGGGUCUGGACAUGAGCUCGCGUUUUUUGCGUGGCUAUGCUUUCUGUAUCGGCUGGGAUUCUUUGAUGCCUCGGAAGAACAAGAGCAGGACGAGACUCUGGCAGAUAUACAGGUGGAGGAGAGGAUAGGCCUGGACAUUUUCCCAUUAUAUCUGAUGGUAGUGUGGAAGUUACAGGAUCGGUAUGGCCUGGAGCCCGCCGGUUCGCACGGCGUAUGGGGCUUAGACGACUUUCAGUUUCUACCGUACGUGAUCGGAGCGGCUCAACUGCGUCGGCAAAGUGGGUUGCGACCCAACCAGGUGAUUGGCGCCUCAUCGCAUGCCAGCAUUCUGCAAACCCAACUGGCAACGCGGACAGACCCAGCAUCUCUGAUCUCGACGACGCUCGUUCUGCCCGCGUCGUCCCUUGUCGGCACCCAAGUCGAGGUGCCACUACCCAAUCUGUACCUCAGCUCGCUCCUCCGCAUUCACGUGCUCAAGCGCGGCCCGUUCCACGAACACUCUCCGCUGCUCAACGAUAUCGCCUCCAGCGUCCCCAAUUGGCUCAAGGUGUACUUUGGCAUGCUCAAGAUGUACGCCGCCGAGUGUCUGGCCAAGAAGGUCGUCGUCCAGCAUUUUGCUUUUGGCGGCGUAGGCUGGGUUUGGACACAUCAGGCGCACAGUGAGCUGCCGCGUCUAGCCACGCCGAGCGCCCCCGUCGCUGCGCGUCGCCACCUGCCGUUAGGGGGCAUCCAGGGAAACAUGACCAGUAUGGGCGUACCCACGCCCAGAAUCACGCGACCUCCCGCGACACCUGACAGCUUCGACCAUCCCCUACGUCUGCCACCCCGAAGCACCCCGUCCCGACCCUCGACAACACCCUCCGUUCCUCCACUUGCAGCCUCCACACGUCCCGCACCGAAACCCGAAUGA